GGAGAUGGAGACAGCCGAGCGUCCCUUCUCCAGUUUCUCCUCCCUUCCAGGAGGCUCUUGCCGAGGAAGAGCUCCUGCGAUGCUUCGAUAAACUUGAACUCUCGUGUGGGGUUUUUUGGGGCUGAGAGGGGAACUUUACUGGUCAGUUCCCGAAGUUUCCCUUUUGUCCUUGGCCGAAGAGAGGGGCAGGGCGGCUCCCAGGUUUCACUGGAAUCUUGGGUGGAAUCUUCGGUAACUGAAACUACCUGGCAGAGAGACACAUUUCACCUUAAAGAUAUCAUUGAAAAGAUCUGCAGCACUGAAACAGAAAAGCUGGAAUAGAGCAGCCCUUGUUCAUGGAAUAUACCUGCUGAAUUGGAACUGCCACAGACUUGAAAAAGCUCCUGGCAACCAGAAAGAGCAAGGAGCUUCUGAACAGAGCCAAAGUCCAUCUUGGACAUAGCGAAGGAAUGCUACUAUACUCCAUUCAUUCAUUGGUGAUCACUCGUGGCCAAGUAAGAUUGUCUUCCAGGGAAAAGGGGGCCCUAUUUUGGAACUGCACCAGGGGUCCCAACCAUACUGAUCUUGCCUUGAUUCUUGCAUGAACUUCAUGGAUUAUCAAGAAUGGUGCAUCUGAUGAAAUGGAUUCUAGCCCAAGAAAGCUUUUGCCACGACCUAUUUCUUAGUAUUUAAGACGAAGAGGAUCGGGAGAGAACCAGAACAGGUGGAGGCCACACAACUUUUCUUCCAGCGUUGAAGCAACUGAGACAGCAGAGACGCCAUCUGAACCAAAAGCAUAACAUCCUAACCCUGUGAUGAAGAGACUUUCUUAAACUUGAAGAUGUUAAUACAGUAGCAAAUGAAGAAGUCAAAGGGUAACAAGUUGAAGAAGUCAAAGAGUAGCAAGGAAAAGCCACUAGAACAAUGGCCGCAGCAGCCGAUGGCUUGGGAAGCAUAGCUAUAGAUACCUCACAACUUAACAUGUCAGUCACUGAUCCAGCAGCUUGGGCAACUGCUAUGAAUAACCUGGGUAUGGUUCCAGUGGGAUUAGCUGGACAACAGCUUGUGACGGAUUCAAUUUGUGUGCGAGGCUUUGAUCCAAACAUUAACAUGGUCACAGGAAUAUCUCCAGUUAACCCCAUGUUGCCAAGUAUGGGAUUAGUAGCCCAGCCUCCGCUGGCAGAGGUGCCUGUCAUCAAAGAGAUAAUUCACUGCAAAAGCUGUACACUCUUCCCUCCAAACCCAAAUCUUCCACCACCUUCAACAAGAGAGAGACCUCCUGGAUGUAAAACUGUCUUUGUUGGAGGAUUACCAGAAAAUGCUACAGAGGAAAUUAUUCAGGAAGUCUUUGAGCAGUGUGGGGAUAUCACAGCAAUUCGGAAGAGCAAGAAGAAUUUUUGUCACAUUCGUUUUGCUGAAGAGUUCAUGGUUGAUAAAGCCAUUUACCUUUCUGGUUAUCGCAUGAGAUUAGGAUCUAGCACAGACAAAAAGGAUUCAGGUCGACUUCAUGUUGAUUUUGCACAGGCAAGAGAUGACUUUUAUGAAUGGGAAUGUAAGCAAAGAAUGCUGGCUAGAGAGGAACGUCACAGGCGUAAAAUGGAAGAAGAUCGAAUGCGGCUUCCAUCUCCUCCAGCGAUAAUGCAUUACUCCGAACAUGAAGCAACUUUGCUGGCUGAAAAAUUGAAAGAUGACAGCAAAUUUUCAGAGGCUAUUACAGUGCUGCUUACCUGGAUAGAGCGAGGCGAGGUGAAUCGUCGCACGGCCAACCAGUUCUAUUCAAUGGUGCAAUCAGCAAAUAGCCAUGUCCGUCGAUUAAUGAAUGAAAAAGCGACUCAUGAACAAGAAAUGGAACAAGCCAAGGAGAACUUUAAGAAUGCCUUAACAGGGAUUCUCACUCAAUUUGAGCAGAUUGUGGCCGUUUUCAACGCCUCCACCAGACAAAAAGCUUGGGACCAUUUCUCGAAAGCUCAGCGCAAGAACAUAGACAUUUGGCGAAAGCACUCUGAGGAACUCAGGAAUGCUCACAGUGAACAGCUCAUGGGGAUCCGGCGGGAGGAAGAAAUGGAAAUGUCUGAUGAUGACAGCACUGACAAUCCCAGUAAUAAAAAACUAAGAGUGGAUGAAUCAGCAUUAGCUGCUCAAGCUUAUGCACUUAAGGAAGAGAAUGACAGUCUCCGAUGGCAGCUGGACGCAUAUCGAAAUGAGGUUGAACUCCUAAAACAAGAGAAAGGGCAGCUAUUUCGAACAGAAGAAAGUCUGACAAAAGACCAACAGCUACAGUUCUUGCAGCAAACAUUACAAGGCAUGCAGCAGCAAUUAUUGAAAAUCCAAGAAGAAUUAAACAACAAAAAGUCAGAACUUGAGCAAGCAAAAGGAGAGCACAUGCACACACAGACUAUGCUGAAAAUUCUUCAGGAACAGUUAAAAAAAAAUACCAAGGAGUUAGCAGAGACUAAUGGCCAUGACGAAACUCAGGCAAAUGAAAUCAAUGUGUUGACGGUACCACUGGUCAACCAAGACAAAGAAAAAAAUUCUGAGAAGCGAAGCCAGCCACUAAAAUCAGAGAAAGAGGCACUGUUGAUCGGUAUCAUCUCUACCUUUCUUCAUGUCCAUCCUUUUGGAGCUAAUAUAGAAUAUCUUUGGUCUUAUAUGCAGCAGUUGGACUCCAAGAUCUCUGCAAACGAGAUAGAAAUGCUUUUGAUGAAGCUUCCACGCAUGUUUAAGCAAGAGUUUUCUGGAGUAGGAGCAACACUGGAGAAGAGAUGGAAGUUCUGUGCCUUUGAAGGAAUUAAAACAACUUGACUGUGGAUUGGAAUGGAACUGUGUGUGGGGGAAAGGUCACGGGGGCACAGCAGGGGCCAGCUGAAGUAUUAAAGGGAGACAACUAGGUUUGGCAGAUACAUUUCCAGAGUGCUCCAAGCCUGGUUUUAGUUGCAUUUGUGAUGUCCUCUUGUGAAAAUGUAGUUGUGUGCCAGUUCCAGGAAGAAAAAAAAGAGGGUGGGGGUGGGUGCAAACUUCUGAAAUGUGAAAGAUCUGUUUCCUAUGAAAACUCCAAACUAGCUCACUGAGCAAAUCGGAAGAAGAAUUGCAGGUUACUAAGCUCCAGCAAUGUAUAUGUAAUAUGUAGUAGAUCUUCCUCAAGUUCCAUUCCUGAGAGUCUUUCUGUUUCGUAAGAAGACAAAAGUGAUUUCACAGUGAGAGAAAGCAUACCAAAAGCAAACUUGAAAAUGUGUCUCAACAGUUAGUGUAUUUUGUAAAUUAAAGUAUCUGCUGUAACAGGGACUUUUGCCUUAUUGCUAGAGGCCUGAAAAAAUGUGAUUCGAUUCCUUGAGAAUGCUUUAUCCAGAAUAUUAUUUUUCUAAUGUAACUAGUCUCCAUUCUAAGUUCGUUUAACAUAGAUUGCAUAUCGAUUUUCAUAAACAUGUAAAUAAAGAGGAAGGCAGUGUUACUGUAUUGUAUUUGGUAUGUAAUAUUCAGGGUUAUGCAUCUGAAAAUAAGUAUCCAAUGGCAUUACUGUU